AAUUAUUGAAAUUGCUAUUAGAUCUUCCAAUUCUCUUAAGUUUUGUUUCAAAUUAACCCUUCUUCUUAGUGCACGUAUUCUUAAUUGGAGGUACUAAUUUCAUAAUAAGUUACGAGAAUUUCGGGGUCCUGAUAGCAACUUCAAUGAUUCUAACGGCCAAGUCAAAAUAUGAAAGAAUUAGGGCUAAUAUGGGAAAAGCCCUUCUUAUUCAAUCAAGAAACAAAAUGAGACCACCAACAUUAGUUUGCCUCCAUUUUUAAACCAAAAAAAAAAAGCCCCAAUUUCAUUUCACCAAUCCUCAAGAACUUGCAUCCACGUCUCUCCCUUGAACCUCGCAAUUUCCUUCAAAUAUGUCCUCAAAUCCCUCCCACUUAAUUCGCACAAAUCAAUCAACCAAAAAAUUAAAUAAAAAAGAAGAGUUUUUUCUUACCUUUUUUUUUCCUCGAGAAGAGGGAAAAUUUCUCCGUCCCAGAUCGGAAUUCAGCACCCCCAUAGGAAUUUCCCGAUCCUCUGGGGCUGUCUCCGAUCUGGGUACGGCUCAAUUUCUCUUAAUUUCUCAUCAUUUUCAUAAUUUUCCCCCCCAUUUGGGUUGUUUUUAUUUUCUCGUUUUAGGUAGUUUUUGAUGAGAAACUGGUCUUUGGUUUUGGGUACAUUGCCCAUUUGGUAAAUUGGGCAUUUGAGAUUUGAAAAUUGGAAUCCGAGGGUUCGAUUGGUCGGCCAUUGGUGAAAUAUGAGCUGCUUUCCUUGUUUUGGGAAGAAGGAGAAGGAUAGUUUUGGUUCUGAUGAGGGAUUCAAUCAUGCACCAAAUCCGAAUGUGCAUAAAAAGCCAGAACCUCCUAAACCUCGGAUCUCUGAAUCAACCGUCCCUGUCAACACUGGAAGUAUUCAAGCGCAGAAUUUCACAUUCCGAGAGCUAGCGACAGCUACCAAUCAUUUCACACCCGAUAACCUUUUAGGCGAAGGAGGCCUUGGAAGAGUUUAUAAAGGCUAUAUCGAGAGCAUUGACAAGACUGUUGCGGUUAAGCAAUUGGACAGGAGUAGCAAUCAAGGGAAUAAAGAGUUUCUGGUUGAAGUUAUGAUGCUCAGUCUCCUUCACCAUCCAAAUCUUGCCAACCUAGCUGGAUAUUGUGCAGAUGGAGACCAGAGACUUUUGGUGUUUGAGUUCAUGCCCAAUGGAUCUCUACAAGAUCAUUUGUUCGAUAUGAAGCCAAAUCAGAAACCAAUUGACUGGUUCACAAGAAUGAAAAUAGCUUAUGGUGCAGCUCAAGGUAUUGAAUACCUCCACGAUAAGGCAAAUCCACCGGUUGUCUACCGGGAUAUGAAAUCAUCGAACAUUUUGCUCGAUAGUUUCUUAACCCCGAAGCUCUCAGACUAUGGAUUAGCUAAACUGAGCCCAGUGGGAGAUAACCCAAUGGUAGGGUCGAGGGUUAUUGGCACUUAUGGAUAUAGUGCACCAGAGUGUACUCGAAAUGGAGAGAUCACUAUGAAAUCAGAUGUGUACAGCUUUGGAGUUGUUCUUCUGGAGUUGAUCACUGGGAGAAGAGCCCUUGAUGCCUCGAAGCCGAUGAAUGAGCAGAAUCUCGUCUCAUGGGCACAACCGUUGUUCAAGGAGCAAAGGAGAUACCCAGAGCUCGUCGAUCCAAUCCUCGAUGGUGAUUUUACACUGACAAGCUUAAACCAAGUUGUUGCCAUAGCCUCAAUGUGUCUUCAAGAUGAGCCCUCGGUUCGUCCAUUAAUGGCUGACGUUGUCAUGACCCUAAGCUUUCUAAUUGAACCCUCACCUUCAUAUCAAAUAAACAAAGCUCCUACCCCUGUUCAGAUUCCCCCUUCACAAUCUCAACCACCUUGUCAAUCUCCAUCAUCAAGUUCGAGCGCGGAUAACGAACAUGUUGUCGAGACUCUUCAAUUAGGUUUGACUUCGAGAAAAAGCCAAGCGGGAUCCAAGAUUGGAAGUAGUUGCGCGAGCUCCAGAAGUAGCUCGAGCUCAAGACGAAGUUCCGGACAAAACUCAAAGAAAGAUAUUGAUGGUAGUUCAAGCUCAAAACAUGGCAGGGAUUUAUCUGAUGAAGACAGUGAUGGUAGUAGUAGCUCGAGCUCGAAACACUCAAGGGGAUCAUCGAAGCACAUAAGUCAAAGGUCGGAUAUAAUAGAGGAAUUUGAUCAGGGAAGUGAUGGUUCGUUAUCGAGAGAAUCUGAGGAGUCUGAUCACGAUGAGUAUGUGUCUGAUUAAUGUGUCACAAAAACCUGCGCUCCGAGAUUUCGUUCUUCACUUGCUUCUUCUUGGAGAUAAUCAUAUGUGAUCCGCAAAGCGAGUUUGAGCUAUGUGUAUAAAACAGUUGGGUUUUUGUGUAUGUUGCGCAUUCAUGAUUUCAAAUGGAUGUCUAAUGUAAACCCUGAAAUCAAUAUAAAGGCCGCAACACUGUGUUGAUA